AGGUUGUUUGCGAAAAGUGCUUUUAUACUGAAUUGAGAAUUUUUGUUGUUUGCCAGAAACUAAAAGACAAGCAGAUUUUAUUUCCAGCCCUGAUCGAGAAGGAGCUACGGUCGAAGCAACGUCGUAACGACCAAUAGGGGAACGGGAAGGUAAGGGAAGAACAAAUAAAACCGGACGACCUACAAAUUAUACCGAUUUUGUUAAAACCAACAACCGCGACGGCAGACACCACGUUCUUCUAGCGUCAAGAACAACAAACCAGCGACGAUACCACGAAUUUCGUCUGCAGCUUGUUGACCCACUUCCACGGACGAGAUUUUGACGCACUUUUGCCUACACAUAGUUGACCUAUCAUCCCGAACCAGAAACCGGAGCAUCGGCGGCAACAAGCUCGCUUCAGAAUUUUUCAAAAGAUAGUACGAGUACGACAAGAGUUCAAAUUCAAUCGGGACUCCGGACACAGUCGCAGAGAUCGCACACACUGCAACUGCUCGCGACGAACAUCUUGAGCUUCCUGGUGCGGCUAGCAGUGCUCCUCCACUGCCUGCCCUUCGUCCAUUGGAAAUACCUUUCCUACCACGACGGACGCGGCAAGGCGGAGAGGAAUAUUCUUCUGUUCGAAUCUACAAUCACAAAACUCACCACCCCGCCCGGACCGCGAUACAAUUGCGUGCGCGCCGGAGAACAACAACAUUCUCGUACGAAAGCUAGCAGCAUGAAGAACACGUCGUACAUCUCGACCUAGCGAGUGCUGAUUUGCUUUUCUUGCAACUCACGGUGUAAGGUUAAAGACGAAGUGUUUUAUUACCGGGCGACCGGCGCUGCCCCACGACCUGGGAAAAUAGCAUCAGCAUCUUAAAUUCUUCUGCACUGCUGCGACCCCGCGAAAUAAAUCGGCGAAGAAAGUAGAGCAACGCAGUGCACUGCAGUGCCAGUCUUCACGUCAUCCAGACAAAUCCCCCCGGUGGCGAUAGCUGCGGCAGGAACACAACUCAUCAUGGCGAGCCAUCUCGCGUCGAGUUCUUCGAGCGCGACCGGCCCGGCGCACCAGCAUUCGGACCAGUCCUGUCCCUCCUCAGGCAUGCCAGAGGAGGCUUUUGUGCCCAGCGUGGACCUGCCACCAUCAUCACUAGAGAACCAAAUGGUAGAAAAAAUCCACCUCCCGCAGGCGAUAGAAGAGUAUAAUUAUAGUUGUUUUGAUGUAGUUGCUUCGCUCGUCGUGCAUACAGAUGCUGAUUCAUCUGAUGCAAAUUUCACAUGCAUUUGCAUGCCAGAAGAUUUGUUGCACUUAUGCGAAAAGAACGACAAGGAGUGAAAAAUAAAAAAAAAAACAUAAUGUAACAGGUACAGCGAGCACAUUUUCAAGCGGCUUUUCGCGGUUGAGGAAGAGAGUCCAGAUUCACAGCGAAAAAGGCACCCACAGUCCGAGGUGAAGGAAAAGAUGCGAGCGAUUUUGGUGGACUGGCUGGUAGAGGUGCAGUAUGAAAAGAGAAAAGAAUCCGACUGCUACACAAAAUGCAUGCCGGGCUUCAUCUGCAGAGCCAGAGAGCUGCCGUUGCUUUUCCCUGCAGCUGGCAGGAGAGAGUACCACGUGAAACGAAAGCAGCGAACAAUGAAAUCAAGUAGACGUCGAGCUGUAUUGUUGACAGUGGUUCUUGUGACGAAUUCUUUUCCCUUUUGAUACGUGCAACAAGUUCAAGCUCAUGGCCGAAACUUUGUACCUAACGGUAGACAUUUUGGACAGGUAUCUCGCGAAAGCCCCGGUGGAAAGACAAAAGCUGCAGCAGGUAUUUAGUUGUCUAUUUGUGUAGUUUCUCUUUCUUGGCGAUGGUGUUGGUGUCAUGCGACGGACGAAUUUUUUUUGUUCCGAGUCUGCAUCUGCUCUAUUUCCUUGUGCUUGAUGUCCAAAUCAAUCACAACGCAGGUUGGUGUGACGUGCCUUUUCAUAGCGUCAAAGUACGAGGAAAUACAUCCCCCGGAAAUCCGAGAUCUCGUCUACAUAACGGAUCGUACCUCGUACGUCACUGCAAAAAUGUACCGUCAACAAAGCUAUCACGUUUUUUCUGCAUUUAGUAUGAGCAGCUGUAGUGCAGCCAACGAGAGCAGGAAAUGCUAGACCGGGAUGAACACUCCCUAUUUUUGGCUAUUGCGUCCUAGAGUGUGAAGACGAGGCACAAAAGAAAUGCCAAAAAUGUGAUAGCACAAUUGAUGGUAGGUUUUUUGUAACGGCAUACUUCACGGAAAUACUUGCCUUUGCUCUCAACUUGCAAUGUACUAGAGCCAAGAACAUCAAGUAGAAGUUUUUAUAAACAUCUACUUGAUGAUGUUGGCUCUUCACCAGAAUGCGCCUGCUUCGCUGCAGAACUGCAGAGCGCAUUGCUAGUUGCCCACGAUGGUGAAGUUCGUCAGGUGGAUAACCCAUAGUUCCUCAAGAAACGAUAUCCUGGACACGGAGAUUGCCAUCCUGAACACAUUAAACUUCGACGUAUAAUUGCAUCGUACUUGUUCUUCUUCAAGAAAGUUAAGAGUCACCUACUUGUUUGCAUAGAAGUACAACACCGAUGCCACUGCAAUAUGCCAAAUGAAUCAAGGAGCAUGACCAUGACGUAGAGACGAAAAUACACUCUAAAAAUCGUGAAAACCACAACUCAUCGCAGAUAUCUGGGCCGACGAUAUAUCACUACGUCGCAUACUACGCCCACCUCGCCUACCCGUACCCACAGAGCAUGUGGCCCCAGGAGCAGCUGAAGGCGUUCAAUCUCGCCUGCUACACGCUCGAGAUGUGCCUCCUGGACUCGAGGACGCUGCACAAGCACCCCUUCUCAAAACUCGCAGCGGCGGCGUUGUUCAUGUACUGCUUUUUCGAAUAGCGAUGGAUAACGCUAAGAACGCAUCAACCGACUUUUUACCUUUUGCAACACAUGAUGUACCUACUACUUUAUUGCUCUAGAAGUACUCGAGCUCGAUUAUCAUCGCAAGAUAGAGCAUUAGCGCAACGUCAUGUCCUUUAUCAAUGACAACACCAGGUCGAAGAAGAUUCUGCGCGUGAGUCCGUCCUGGCCACCACCCUUGAUCGCAAGAACACCCUACUGUCCGCAAAAUCUCAAGGCGUGCGCGAAGGAGCUGGUACUAGAAGAAAUUUGGUUUCCCUAGGGUGGGGGGUUUUGCUCUGAAUGGUACUUACAACUUCUCAUGCAAUCAUAUCACUGGACCUGGAGGUAUCAUCUUCAUCAACAUCAACGGAAGAAGUGCUACCAUGCAUGAGAAUCCUCAAACACACAACAUGAUUCAGGUGCCAUUAGUGACCAGUCACGGGCAAAACCUAAUCGACCCGAAGCUGAAAAGCGUCAAGCAGAAGUACGCUACUGAGGACAAGAUGGAGCUGUCCUCGAUCUAUUUCCACAUGUAA